AUGCAGCCGUUUUCCUCGUCUGCGAAGGACAAGCAGGCCCGGGUACAGAUACCAUGGCGGUCAAUACAACUGUUGGUUCCGCACCGACUACGCCGAAAGAUUCGCUCCAAGCUACGAAACCGCCAGUCGCCCGCGUCCUCAAUUACCGCACUCCAGACAUCCAUCUCACCCUCGGAUACGCUCAGAUCGUUACAACAGCAUAAGUGGACAUGGCACGAUGGGCAAUGGGUGAUAUUGGCAUUCCUCGGUAUCUUUUCGUUGUGCAUUAUCGAGUCUCCUGGCCCUCUCGUCAAGAUGGCGGUAGCGACAUUUAUCGGCAUCUCUCUCAUCCUGCCCGUGACAAGGCAGUUUUUCCUCCCUUUUAUGCCCAUCGCGGCGUACCUGAUAUGGUUUUACUCUGCACGAUUCAUUCCUAGCGAAUACCGGCCACCCAUCUGGGUCAAAGUACUUCCCACCCUCGAAAACAUCUUCUAUGGCGCCAAUCUCAGCAAUAUCCUCUCGGCGCACCAGAAUACCGUCCUCGACCUGCUUGCCUGGUUCCCCUAUGGAAUCUGCCAUUUUGGCGCUCCUUUUGUCUGCGCCAUUCUCAUCUUCGUUUUUGGUCCUCCCAAGACCCUCCGUACAUACGGCUUCGCCUUUGGCUGGAUGAACGUUAUUGGUGUGGUCACACAAGUGGUCUUCCCAUGCGCUGCUCCAUGGUAUGAGAAUUUGUACGGACUAGCACCUGCAAAUUACAGCAUGAAAGGAUCUCCGGCUGGCCUGGCUCGCAUAGACAAGCUCUUUGGUAUCGAUCUCUAUACCUCCGGCUUCACCGCAUCUCCCAUGGUUUUUGGUGCGUUCCCCUCACUACACGCUGCGGAUGCCACAAUCGAGGCUCUAUUCUUGUGCCACAUCUUUCCCAAACUCACCCCAUUGUGGUCAUUUUAUGUGGUGUGGCUGUGGUGGGCGACUAUGUAUCUCUCUCAUCAUUACCUGGUCGACCUGGCUGCUGGAAGUCUUCUUGCUGGGAUCGUCUUCUUCUUUGCCAGGUCCAGCUUCCUUCCCCGGCUGCAGUCCGGAAAGCGAUUCCGCUGGGACUACGACUACAUUGAGGCCGGUGAUGAGCCCAACGAAUAUGGCUAUGGUCUUGCGGCGUUGGAUGGGUCACACCCUGACAGUGACGAGUGGACUAUUGGCUCGUCAUCAUCCAUUUCAUCCGGCUCCUUAAGUCCCACAGAAGAAGAUCCAGCGCGGUGGAACGGCGAAAUCUACGACACUCAACGAUAA